GUAGGGAACCAUGAUAAAGAGACAUCGUUUGUUUUCAACGGAAGCAGCAUCUUGUCAUCACAGAUUUGAGAGUGUGGUUUGCUAAAAAUAGGUUUUGCUCAUUUGCUCAGGAUUUUAUGUUGUAGUAUGAUCGUCGGUUACAGCAGCAGCUCCGAAGAUGAAACUGAAAAUUCCUCCAAAGAUGACGGCUCGCCUCCUCAAAAAAGAGCAAAACCUGACUCUGAAACCAGGUUUGUUCAUUUUCUAAGGGAGGAGCCUUUGGAUGGUGCAUCUGUUAAUAGGAAAGGUAUCAUGACACCUCGUCUGCCCCUGCCUGAGUCUGUUAAGGAGAUGUUUAAAGAAUCAGAAGAGCAGUGGAUUGACAACAUUAAAGAUCAUGGAGGAAGACUGCGCUCCUUCCAGCACCAGCGGGGCAACUGGGCCACAUACGUGUACUUACCAUAUGACCCAGUAGAGGGGUUCCAGGAGCUCCUCGACAAAAUAAUAGAGGCUGCAGUUUCUCACAGCAUAUCUCUGACCCCGUGUGAAGAGUUUCAUGUCAGCAUCUCAAAGACGGUGGUUUUACGACAUCACUGGAUCCAGCCAUUCAUCCAGUCCAUUCGGACCAGCUUAACACAGUUUCGGAAGUUUUUCUGCUUGGCGGAUACACUUAGGGUGUAUUGUAAUGCUGAGAAGACGAGGACUUUCCUCGGUAUGGAAAUCACCACUGGGAAGCCUCAGUUGCUCGAGCUCAUUAAAAUUGUGGAUCAAACCAUGAAUGAAUUCAACCUCAGCACUUUUUAUAAGGAUCCAUCUUUCCAUGUAAGUCUUGCAUGGUGUGUGGGUGAUCAAACAGAAAGACUGAAAAGGGAAUGUUUAUCAGAAUUGCAGGGUCUUGUUGAUAAGCAUGAGGAUGGUCCGUUUCACAUUCCACUAAACUGCAAGGAGGUCCGUUGCAAAUCAGGAAAUAAAGUCUUUCUGUUUCCUCUCCAGUAAACGUACAUUCUUGAUUGUUCCAAAAAUGUAUGUAUGUGUUAAAUUUGGAUAUUUUUAUGCAAAAUGUAAUAUUUUUACAAUAAAA